AUGCCCGAAGUGAGCGCCAGGCUGGACGAGUCGCUGCAAGAGCUGCUGAAGGAGAUGGCCGCGGAGGGCGAGCCCGAGGGCCAACGCCCGUCUCUGCUGAAAUCCGAGUCGGUUCAGGCGGCCCUUGAGGCAAUGAUACGCUUGCUCGAUGCAAAUGCCGGCGCAUGCCAGGUAACGCAUCUCAGCUUGGCAAGGGUACUGAGGGCAACUUUUAGCCCCGGCGACCUGUUUCCAGUCCGAUAG